AUAACAAGAGGCUGAGCACGGUGCUGCUUUUCUGUUGUGAGAAUGGCAGCAUCUGGAAAAGUGGCGUCCUUUCGCCUGCCUCCUCUCCCCACCAUUGGGGAAAUUAUAAAGCUUUAUAACCUUAGAGCACAGAAGCAGCUCUCUCAGAACUUCCUCCUGGACUUAAGGCUUACAGAUAAAAUAGUGCGACAGGCAGGAAACCUAAAGGAUGCCUGUGUGUGUGAGGUGGGACCUGGACCUGGAGGACUCACCAGAUCCAUCCUCAAUGCAGGAGCAGCCGAUGUUCUGGUUGUGGAAAAGGACUCGCGCUUUAUACCUGGAUUACAGCUUAUAUCUGAGGCGGCUCCUAAUAAAGUCAGAAUAGUCCAUGGAGAUGUUCUCAGUUACAGGAUGGACAGAGGUUUCCCAGCCCAUAUAGCCAGAAAAUGGGAUGAGGAUCCUCCUGAUCUGCACAUCAUCGGAAACCUUCCAUUUAGUGUCUCCACUCCACUGAUGAUUAAGUGGUUGGAGGAAAUGGCCAACAGGAGCGGCCCCUUCAUGUAUGGACGGACAAGACUCACACUAACCUUCCAAAAAGAGGUAGCAGAGAGAUUAACAGCAAACCCUGGAAGCAGGCAGCGCAGCCGUCUCUCCAUCAUGGCACAGUAUUUGAGUACUGUAAAGAACUGCUUCACCAUCCCUGGACGAGCCUUCGUUCCCAAACCAGACGUUGACGUGGGGGUGGUACACUUUACUCCUCUGGCUCAGCCGCAGAUCCAGCAGCCCUUUAAGCUGGUGGAGAAAUUAGUCAGGAACGCCUUUCAGUUCCGGAGGAAACACUGCCACAAAGGACUCGAGAUGUUAUUUCCUGAGGCUCAACGCUAUAGGUUGACGGAGGAGCUGCUACGACAUGCUGAAGUGGACCCAACACUUCGGCCGACUGACCUCUCCAUCGGUCAGUUCAGAGCGCUAGCGGACGUCUACAGCCGACUGUGUAGGGAAAAUCACACACUGUUCAGCUACGACUUCAGAAAAGAGCUGAGACAAAAACGACAGAGCCACCGAGUAAUAAAGAGAGAGAAAAAUGUUAAUGGCUGAUGCUCACGCCAGGAAACAACGGACUGCUCUUAGUGGUGACAUUUUUACUGCAGCUAAGGUAUAAAUAAUUUACACCGUUCCUUUCCAUCUGUCCAGAACAGAAAAGUAAAUCAUAAAUGACCAGUGAAAGCAGAGAAGAAGCUGUUGGGAAAAGAACAUUGCUGCAAAAAUGUGUCAUUAUGGACUUCUAUAAAGUUCAAAAAUACUGUCUGUAAUAAUAUAUGUAUGGGGAGGUAAAAUAUUUUCAACGAGUUUUUCUCAUUGAUGUCAUCAAAUAAAGAUAUAAUUACA